UGAGAAAGGGACCAGAGCGACUGGAGACUCUGUGGAGAGAAGCUGCGUGUGUUAGCGUGAAAAUAUACAGCUUUUUUUCCUUUUCAUUCGUACUGGAUUUCUUGACAAACAACAUGACAUUUGAAGAGCUGAAUGGAGAUUAUAGUUCUGUCGAAAGGAUGGAUUUGGUCUCUAAAGCCCUUGAGGAAGUCCUCGCUUCUGCCUUACGCCAAGGCUGGGUUACAGUCGGAGUUUAUGAAUCUGCGAAGGCACUGAAUGUAGACCCGGAUAAUGUGGUGCUGUGCGUCCUGGCCACAGACGACGAGGACGUGAAGGACGUGGCCUUGCAGAUCCACUUUACUCUCAUCCAGGCCUUCUGCUGCGAGAAUGACAUCAACAUACUGCGUGUGAACAACACCAGGCGCCUAGCCAAGAUCUUGGGAGGACCCGAGAAACAAGGAGGCGAGCAAAUAGACCUGCAUUGCAUCCUAGUCACCAGCCCACGUGCAUCUUCAUGGAAGAACCAGGCAUUGUGGAAAGUACAUCGCUUCUGUCACGAGAGCCGCUGCAUGGACCAGUGGGUCCCCGUCAUCAACCUCCCUGAACGAUGAGAAAAAAAACUUUAACUGAACAAAACAAUAAAACAUAUACUUCAAAAAAAUAACAAAACGUUAUAAAACUCCUGAGUACGGCCGAUCUUGGAACUCGAUCUCAGCCUGCUCUCGUGGAGGAGGAGGAGUGUUUUUCUCCAGUAACCCAUGUCAAGAUGACUCAGCUGGUUUUUUAUUUUUGCUUUCGGAGAAAGGGAGGACACCGAGCUGGAGAGGAAAAAAAAGAAGCGUCUGUGCUGAGCAGUGAGACUCGCACGUAAAGGAUUUCUGUGUAGGAAGUGUGGAUUCAGGACGAGGCCGAUGGAGCCGCUACACUGAUCAUUUUCUCAGAAUUCUUAAUGUUUGUGUUAUAUACAGAUUAUUAUUAUUAUUAUUAUUAUUAUUAUUAUUAUUAAUAUUAAUGGUAUUAUUGUGAAAACUAUUUAUACCUGGAUAUAUAUUUUUAAAAAUGUGAUGGAUUCAGUUAUUUUUUUUUUUGUGAGAUAAUCACUCAUUUUCUAGUCCUUAAAUUAUUGCAUAUUAUUCACAGCAAAAAGUAUUUAUGCUAAUUCCUUUUUAUACUCAGACUUGUGAUUGGUUACAGAAGUAUUUUGUGAUGAAAUAAAAUAUAUUUUGAAAAGAAAAAAA